UUCUAACACUGCAGCCAAGUCACCGCUCAGUGCGUCUGCCGCAGUGGGUCUCUCAGUGGAUAUUUCGCUGUCGACACGCGUUUUCUCGUCGUAACGACAAUAAUUUAGUACAACUAUAAUAUUGGACUCGGUCCGCGGCUUGAAAUACCAGUGAAACACCGCGACGCAGUUUAGUAGUAUCUGUACACGCAGACGUGCCUGACCGCCGCGAACGUCGCGCACAAUAUUUUAAUAACGAGAAAAACUUCGAUGAAAAUGUCCGCUAACGGUGCAACGAUGAAAUGCGUCGCAGUUGCCGUCGUCCUGUUUCAGAUGUCCGUCAUUUUCGCGGAAGCGGGUCACCAAAGACGGGGCAAAGAACUGUUGGACACAGAAGACAGCGACUUCUUUCGGUGCAAACAAGCCAGCAGGAAGUCAUGUUGUGGCCCGGAAAACGCAAUGAAGCGAUUUGGCGAUAAAGACAAAGUAGCAGCUGACGAGUGUUACGCACAAGUAGCCGAAAAGUUUGCAACAGUUACAGCUACUACACCCAAACAAGACUUGUUUUCCGGCGAAGCUGUAAAGAUUACCAAGAAAAAGCAAUUCUGCCUUCAUGAAUGUAUCGGAAAGAAAAACAAAUUGCUCACCGAAGACGGUUCACUGAACAAAACGUUUAUAGCUGAUUACGCUAUGAAGAGCGUCUUCAAAGAACAGUGGCAGAAACAAAUAGGACAAAAAGCCUUGGACAAAUGCCUGGAGGAGACCUACAUUCCAUGGCCGGCAGAAGAAACAGAAAACAAAUGCAAUCCAGUAUACGUACAAUUCCAACACUGUCUGUGGCUUGAAUACGAAUCGAACUGUCCAGAUAACAAGAUUAAGCUCACCAAAAAAUGCGAGAAGACACGAAACCGAUACAGGAUGCAAAAAUCACCAUCAAACCAAUGAUCUGCAAAUAAAUUAUAUUACUACUCUGAUUGAAAAACUUUGGAAUACAUAAAAUAUAUUACUCACGUUUUCAGUCAAUUCGUUAAAAUUCAAACCUAUCGAUUAAUUUUAUUAUUAUUAUUUUGUCAUAAGUACUUUUGGAAAAUUUAAAAAAAAAAUAAUAAUAACUAAUUGUAUGGAGUUAUGAUCCCACCAUAGUUUUAUUUUUUUAUUUUAUUUUAUUGUUCUUUAAUUAUUUUAUCCAUAAAAUAAUUCUGUUGUUUUUAUAUGAACUGUGUUGAGAAACAUAUAUUUAUAUAUUAUCAUAUUAUAUUGUACUAUAAUGUCACUAUCACACAUAUACAUUCUGUACACUAUUAUUAUUGUUAUUAUUAUUAUUUAAAUAUAUAUAUUUAUAAUUUAUAA